CAACGAGAAUAUUAUUCGUGAAACAGAAUAAUUACGAACGCACAAAACUCGAUCGGGUUUCAGUUAGUGAAUUGUUUAAAUUUGAACAAUGUUCCGCGCUACAGUAAUAAUUACGUUACUUGGAGUGUCAGUGUUGUUCCACAGUUCAACUUCAGUAGAUCUUCCCCGGUUCGUGGGUCCGGGGUCAAACGUGACGGUAGCUGUGGGAAGGGAUGCUGUCUUCAUCUGCAGGGUUGAUGAACUGCAGUCAUUUAAGGUGGCGUGGCUCCGUGUGGAUACACAGACGGUGCUGACGAUCGCGGCGCACGUGAUAACCAAGAACCACCGCAUCAGCGUGAUUCACGGCGACGGCACUUGGACGUUGGUGCUGCGUGACGUCACGCCGGCGGACGGGGGCAGCUACAUGUGUCAGGUGAACACGGAGCCCAUGAUGAGUCAGCUGCACGAGUUACACGUUGUGGUAUCGCCGGACAUCGACGACGAAGCCAGCAGCGGUGACGUCACGGUUGACGAGGGAGAGAGACUGGCCCUCCGCUGUGUGGCCUCCGGGACCCCUACACCAAGUGUCACGUGGAGGAGAGAGGACUUCAGACAUUAUAGAAUUGAUAAUCAAACUGUAGUAUCGAAGUGGAGCGGAGAAUGGCUGAACAUAUCAAUUGUGGAGAGAACGACAUCGGGAGCAUAUCUAUGUAUAGCUACCAACGGGGUGCCACCAUCUGUCAGUAAGAGGAUAUUGCUGCGUGUUGUAUUCGCCCCCUCAGUUUGGUCCGGUCAUGCAGCCGCCUGGGCCCUAACCGGUUCGUCAGUGAUCUUACAAUGUACAUCAGAAGCAUACCCUAUCGCCGCCUCAUAUUGGGUCUUUGACGGUGAACUACUUGUAAAUGGUAGCAAACACAUGGAGAGUGUUAUAUCGCGAGAGUACCGGCACACCAUGACGCUGGUAGUGAACGACAUGUCGCGAGGAGACUCGGGCUCGUAUCGCUGUCACGUGGACAAUCAUCUUGGAAACGCUCAAGCGGAAAUAUCCUUAUACAUGGUUACAACAACGACUUCAACAACAACAACAACGACCACAACAACAACAACAACGACAGCACUACCAACAACUACGAUGGUCACAUAUGAAGAAAGAUAUACAGACACACCACUUCGAGAUAAGAUGGAGGAUCCAGCUCUAGAACAAUCAGACAUUUAUGUUGUUCUCAGCCAACAUCAAAUGCAAACCCUAGAGAUGCUUACUACAUUAUGACCUGGAAGCGGGGAGGGCGCACAGUCUCCUUGGUCAGAUGGUUGGUCCCCAACACACGAUGUAGCCACAAAAAAUGCUCCAAUGCUAGCCAUAACAUUGGUCACAAUAUUAUUAAUAUUAUGACAUAAAUUAUCCCAGGAAUUUACGAAUUUAUGACAAUUAAAGUGGGGUGAUAAGUGUGCUAGUGAACUUUUCAAAUAAAAUGUUUUCAACUUUAUAAGUUCGGUGUAAUUUUUAUUUAUAGGAAAUGUUACAUCAUUGCCAGCCAAAAUUAUAGAUGUAAAUAUAAUGUAAAUUAUAAUAUAGGCUUACUGAAUGUUACUGAAAUACGUAUUUGAGCAAUUGAUGCAUUCCUACGAAGCUCGUAAUGAGUUUCCUGAGGAAGACUGGUGCAACCAUUUUUAAAUAGUUCCAAAUCCAGAAACAUUCAGUAUAUACGUAAUAAUGUAAAUACAAAAUGUUUGUUUGAUGCUAUUUUUUAUUGAUCCUAAUGGUAUUCCAUAAAAUUAUAUUGCAACCUCCUAAAUUGAAAUAUUAGAUUUUUUUAUUGUAGUAGCAGUUAUGUGCAUCUCAUCGUCGGAGCACGUACUCAUAAUUAAAUAUAUCACAAAGAUUUGAGAUAGUUAUAAGGUCUCCGAUGUUCAUAACAUCAUAAAAUGUGAUGAGACCCUGAAGCCAUUCAAAUCAAAAUAAAAACCGGAUUAUGGUUUGGUAAAACAGUUUGUGAUUCUAACAAUUUAAAUAACAAUUUGUGACUAAAUGUAAGAAAAAUACUGCGCUUUCAAAAUGGUGUCAUUUUAAUUGUAUAUAC